AUGCCGACUCCACGGCACCACCACCACCCGCAACGCAAUCUGCUACCGGUGGUUCGCCGCAAGGAGUCCCUUCACAAGAGCAAUCCGAAGUCUCAAUGGCUGAGGUAG